UACGCCGGCAGGUUCUCACGAGUUGGGGGCUGGGAGGGGCAGGGCGAGAGGUGGGGGAGGCGAACAAAGGGACCCCGCGCGCCUCCCCCGCCGUCCCCAGCGCGCGCCCGGGCCCGACCGACCACAGCUGGAAUUCAUUUAGCCGCCGCCGGAAAGGGGAGGAGAGGAGGGCGGGGCGAGUGGGGGGCCGAGGCGGUGUCUCUCCCGCCCCCCUCCGUCCCAGGUCCCCAGCCCCGGGACGCAGCCCCAGCCCGGCAGGCAGCCCCAGCCCCUGCCGAUGCCGUCCCGGGGACGCAGACGCCGAAGCCCCUCCGGCCAGAGCAGGGACCCGGCCUGCCCAGCCAGCUCUGACAGCCCCAUGGCCCUGGCUGGCCACUGAGCCCCACCAUGGGCAGCCUGUACUCAGAGUACCUAAGCCCCAGCAAGGUCCUGGAACACUAUAAUUACACCAAGGAGACGCUGGACACUCAGGAGACCACCUCCCGCUGGGUGGCGUUGGCCAUCAUCGUCCUCAUCUGCUUCACCAUCGUGGUGGAGAACCUGAUGGUGCUCAUUGCUGUCGCUCGCAACAGCAAGUUCCACUCGGCCAUGUACCUGUUCCUGGGCAACCUAGCCGCCUCGGACCUGCUGACAGGUGUGGCCUUUGUAGCCAAUACCUUGCUCUCAGGCCCCGUCACGCUGGGGCUGACCCCUUUGGAGUGGUUUGCCCGAGAGGGCUCUGCCUUCAUCACGCUUUCCGCCUCCGUCUUCAGCCUCCUGGCCAUUGCCAUUGAGCGGCACGUGGCCAUCGCCAAGGUCAAGCUCUACGGCAGCGACAAGAGCUGCCGCAUGCUGCUGCUCAUCGUGGCCUCGUGGCUCAUCUCGCUUGUUCUCGGAGGCCUGCCCAUCCUGGGCUGGAACUGCCUGGGCCAUCUCGAGGCCUGUUCCACCGUGCUGCCGCUUUAUACCAAGCACUAUGUGCUCUGCGUGGUGACCAUCUUCUCCGUCAUCUUACUGGCCAUCGUCGCUCUGUACGUCCGCAUCUACUGCGUGGUCCGCUCCAGCCACGUCGACGUGACCGGCCCACAGACGCUGGCCCUGCUCAAGACGGUCACCAUCGUGCUGGGUGUCUUCAUCGUCUGCUGGCUGCCUGCCUUUAGCAUCCUGCUCCUGGACUAUGCCUGUCCCGUCCGGUCCUGCCCCGUCCUCUACAAGGCCCACUACUUCUUUGCCUUUGCCACCCUGAACUCGCUGCUCAACCCCAUCAUCUACACAUGGCGCAGCCGGGACCUGCGGCGGGAGGUACUGCGGCCGCUGCAGUGCUGCCGGCGGGCGGCGGGCGUUCAAGGGCGGCGGGGCGGGACCCCGGGCCAUCGCCUCCUGCCUCUCCGCAGCUCCAGCUCGCUAGAGAGGGGCACACACAUGCCCACGUCGCCCACGUUUCUGGAGGGCAACACGAUGGUCUGAGGGGUAAAGUGGGCCACGAGGCCAUGGCAGAGGGCUCCGUGGAGAGACACCGGGUGACCUUGGACAGAGACGUGGGGUUGCCAAGCAAGAUACCCCCACUCCACAGACCUGGGUGGUAUUGAAAAUACUUCACGCCAGGGCUGGCCGGCUGAGACACCAGCCAGUCGGAUGGCAGAGCUGCAGGGUCAGAGGCUAGUGCAGUAACUGGUGUGGCCCCUUCAGAACUGGAUCGUGGGGAGGACUGGGGGACCUGGAAGGGGCCUGGGUGACAGCAGGCAAGCACUCAGGGGGAGCUCAGGGCAGGAGCCACUUAUAACCCCUUACAAGGGAUUUCAACAUUUCAUGACCAUCUGACCCUCUGCCCUGUACAGGGCUCCCCUCUCUGAAUCUAGCCCCCUUGUCACCUCCUGGCAACCUUAGGCCACUUCCCCCAGAACCAUUGCCCCAGGGGCCGGAGGCCUCCUCCUUGACCGUCCUGGGUGGCCCCGGCUGACAGUUGCAAAGCCCAAAUCCACAGCUUCCCCAAAUGUCACCAGCUGCCACUUUGGCCUCUUCUUCUUUUCUCCUCUCUCUCUCCAUGACAUGCUGGGAAACCAUGGGGUGGAGAGGGGGGGCUGGAUGCCGUUCUCAGACCUCAUCGGCCAAUUGCACUAUUUGGGGCACAGAGGAAUCACCGAGGGCUGGAAAAACUGGUCUGGGGGAGCUGAGGAGGGCUUUGGGCCUCCUGGUGGGAAAGGGUGGAACUUGAGAAAGUUCUAGGGGAACUGUUUGCACAGGAUCCCCCCCCCCAAAAAAAAAAAAAAGAAAAAACAACCACCCAGAACUACUCCCACCUCCAGCCCAGCGGAGGUACUGGAUCUCCUGGGGCGGGGCAACCUUGAACCCACUAUGCCUCCUUUCGAGUUGUCUCGUACGGAGGAGCACGGGGGUGGGCAUGCCGAGGACAUUUGUGGGAUGCUCUCCCCUCACCUGCCCCAGAAGGACUUUACUAAAUUCCAUGGAUAGAUGGAAGGGACAUUGCGGUACAAAUGUAUAUUUAUGUGUGUCUGUGUGCGUGUGUGGUAUCUGUGACCCGCUCUCCCCACCAUGUUCCCCCCGAAUGGAUGCUGUUGUCGUCUCGUGUCUGUUUUGAAGCUGCCAAAGAGGGAUCUGGCCCUGCACAGACCCCUUUGUAAUUAAUGGCUCAUCUCCCCACUUGAGAGCUGGGGUACAGCUCUCCUCGGGGAAGGAAACCUCACGCCUCAAAGUGAUUUCUCGUGAAUGCAAAGGCUGGGGAGGGGGUCUCGGGGGGCAAGGAGCCAGUUGGGGGCUUGUCUCCCCUCGUACAGCUCCCCAGAUGCCCCCCAUGCCUGAGAUCCAGGCCCAGGCCAAUAAACGGUUCAAUCUCU